GAGCGCCAGCAGGGCGGAGGGCGGGGCGUGGGCGGCGCCCGGCCUUCCCGCUCCCGCGGCGCUGCAACUCUGCCGAGCCUCCUUAAAACUCUGCCGUUAAAAUGGGGGCGGGUUUUUCAACUCAAAAAGCGCUCAAUUUUUUUCUUUUCAAAAAAAGCUGAUGAGGUCGGAAAAAAGGGAGAAGAAACCGGCACCCUCUCUGAGAGGCAACAGAAGCAGCAAUUGUUUCAGCGAAAAAAGCAGCAAGGGAGGGAGUGAAGGAAAAAAGCAAAAAAGGGGGCGACACGCAAGUGCCUGUAGGGGUGAAAGGAGCAGGGACCGGCGAUCUAGGGGGGGAUCAGCUACAAAAGAAACUGUCACUGGGAGCGGUGCGGCCAAGGAGGAAGCAGUGCUGCCAGGCUCUGCUCCAGGGCACAGCUGGCUGGCGGCUGCCCUGUCCGCAGCAAAGGGGCACAGGCCGGGGACCGCGAGAGGUGGCAAAGUGGCACCGGGCGCCGAGGCUGCUGAGCGCUCGCCGAGACGGCGACCGGACUGGCUGCCCCGGAACUGCGGCGACUCUCCCUACUCAGAACUUGGCCUACGUUUCCCAGGACUCUCCCCAUCUCCAGAGGCCCCCACAAAACCGGGAAAGGAAGGAAAGGACAGCGGCGGCAGCAGCUCAAUGAGUGCCUACAGCAGAAAGCCUGAACGAGCUCGGUCGUAGGCGGGAAGUUCCCGGGGGGCUGCCCAGUGCAGCCGCAAUGCUGCCGCGAGCUGCCCCAGCAGUCCGGGCUCCGUAGACGUUUUCCGCAUCACUCUCCUUCCUCGGGCUGCCGGGAGUCCCGGGACCUGGCGGGGCCGGCAUGACGGGCUUCUCGGGGGCCCGCCGCACGCCCGGCAGCCUCCGGAGACGCGCGCCGAGCCCGGCUCCCACGGCCUCUGAGGCUCGGCGGGGCUGCGGCUGCCUGGCGGGCGGGCUCCGGAGCUUUCCUGAGCGGCAUUAGCCCACGGCUUGGCCCGGACGCGACCAAAGGCUCUUCUGGAGAAGCCCAGAGCACUGGGCAGUCGUUACGACCUGUAACUUGAGGGCCACCGAACUGCUACUCCCGUUCGCCUUUGGCGAUCAUCUUUUAACCCCCCGGAGCACGUCAGCAUCCAGCCACCGCGGCGCUCUCCCAGCAGCGGAGGACCCAGGACUAUCCCUUCGGCGAGACGGAUGGAAACCGAGCCCCCUGGAGGACCUGCCCCUGCAGUUCUGCCUCACACGGCUCAAGUCACCACCGUGAACAAGGGACCCUAAAGAAUGGCCGAGCCUUGGGGGAACGAGUUGGCGUCCGCAGCUGCCAGGGGGGACCUAGAGCAACUUACUAGUUUGUUGCAAAAUAAUGUAAACGUCAAUGCACAAAAUGGAUUUGGAAGGACUGCGCUGCAGGUUAUGAAACUUGGAAAUCCCGAGAUUGCCAGGAGACUGCUACUUAGAGGUGCUAAUCCCGAUUUGAAAGACCGAACUGGUUUCGCUGUCAUUCAUGAUGCGGCCAGAGCAGGUUUCCUGGACACUUUACAGACUUUGCUGGAGUUUCAAGCUGAUGUUAACAUCGAGGAUAAUGAAGGGAACCUGCCCUUGCACUUGGCUGCCAAAGAAGGCCACCUCCGGGUGGUGGAGUUCCUGGUGAAGCACACGGCCAGCAAUGUGGGGCAUCGGAACCAUAAGGGGGACACCGCCUGUGAUUUGGCCAGGCUCUAUGGGAGGAAUGAGGUUGUUAGCCUGAUGCAGGCAAACGGGGCUGGGGGAGCCACAAAUCUUCAAUAAAUGUGGGGAGGGCUCCCCCACGUUGCCUCUACUUUAUCAAUUAACUGAGUAGCUCUCCUGACUUUUAAUGUCAUUUGUUAAAAUACAGUUCUGUCAUAUGUUAAGCAGCUAAAUUUUCUGAAACUGCAUAAGUGAAAAUCUUACAACAGGUUUAUGAAUAUAUUUAAGCAACAUCUUUUUAACCUGCAAAAUCUGAUCUAACAUGUAAUUGCAGAUAGCUUUGACUUUCUUCUGAAUAUUUUAUCUUUCCUUGGCUUUUCCCUUGCUUCCCCUUUCGCCAAUCUCAACACCCAAGUUGAAGACUUUGUUUUUAAAAUGGUUUGUCCUGAUGCUUCUUUUGUCUAAUUAAAACACUUUCAAAACAGGACAA